AUGGACACUUCUGGGCACUUCCAUGACUCGGGGGUGGGGGACCUGGAUGAAGACCCAAAGUGUCCCUGUCCAUCCUCUGGGGAUGAGCAGCAGCAGCAGCAGCAGCAACAGCAGCAGCAGCAGCAGCAGCAACAACAACAGCAACCACCACCACCGCCGCCUGCACCUCCAGCAGCCCCUCAGCAACACCCAGGAUCCCUGCUUCAGCCUCAGCUUCCACAGCUUCAGCAGCAGCCGCCGCCACAGCAGCAGCAGCAGCAGCAGCAGCAGCCACCACAUCCCCUGUCACAGCUCACCCAACUCCAAAGCCAGCUUGUCCACCCUGGCCUGCUCCAUUCCUCUCCCACGGCUUUCAGGGGUCCCCCUUCAGUCAACUCCACCGCCAUCCUCCACCCUUCCUCCAGGCAAGGCAGCCAGCUCAAUCUCAAUGACCACUUGCUUGGCCAUUCUCCAAGUUCCACAGCCACAAGUGGGCCUGGUGGAGGCAGCCGGCACCGGCAGGCCAGCCCCCUAGUGCACCGGCGGGACAGCAACCCCUUCACAGAGAUCGCCAUGAGCUCUUGCAAGUAUAGCGGUGGGGUCAUGAAGCCCCUCAGCCGUCUCAGCGCCUCUCGGAGGAACCUGAUCGAGGCCGAGCCUGAGGGCCAACCCCUCCAGCUCUUCAGCCCCAGCAACCCCCCAGAGAUUGUCAUCUCCUCCCGGGAGGACAACCAUGCCCACCAGACCCUGCUCCAUCACCCCAACGCUACCCACAACCACCAGCAUGCCGGCACCACUGCCAGCAGCACCACCUUCCCCAAAGCCAACAAGCGGAAAAACCAAAACAUUGGCUAUAAGCUGGGACACAGGAGGGCCCUGUUUGAAAAGAGAAAGCGACUCAGUGACUAUGCUCUGAUUUUUGGGAUGUUUGGAAUUGUUGUUAUGGUGAUAGAGACCGAGCUGUCUUGGGGUUUGUACUCAAAGGAUUCCAUGUUUUCGUUGGCCCUGAAAUGCCUUAUCAGUCUAUCCACCAUCAUCCUGCUGGGUUUGAUCAUCGCCUAUCACACACGAGAAGUCCAGCUCUUUGUGAUCGACAAUGGUGCAGAUGACUGGCGGAUAGCCAUGACCUACGAGCGCAUCCUGUACAUCAGCCUGGAGAUGCUGGUGUGUGCCAUCCACCCCAUUCCUGGAGAGUACAAGUUCUUCUGGACAGCACGCCUGGCCUUCUCCUACACCCCAUCACGGGCAGAGGCUGAUGUAGACAUUAUCCUGUCCAUCCCCAUGUUUCUGCGCCUGUACCUGAUUGCCAGGGUGAUGUUGUUACACAGCAAGCUCUUCACCGAUGCCUCAUCCCGUAGCAUUGGGGCCCUCAACAAGAUUAACUUCAACACCCGCUUCGUCAUGAAGACCCUCAUGACCAUCUGCCCUGGUACUGUGCUGCUGGUGUUUAGCAUCUCGCUGUGGAUCAUCGCUGCCUGGACGGUUCGAGUCUGUGAAAGUCCUGAAUCACCAGUGCGGCUUUCUCGCUCAUCACUUCCUGCUUGGUACCAUGACCAACAGGACGUAACUAGUAACUUUCUGGGUGCCAUGUGGCUCAUCUCCAUCACAUUCCUUUCCAUUGGUUAUGGGGAUAUGGUGCCCCACACAUACUGUGGGAAAGGUGUCUGUCUUCUCACUGGCAUCAUGGGUGCGGGUUGCACUGCCCUUGUGGUAGCCGUGGUGGCCCGAAAGCUGGAACUCACCAAAGCAGAGAAGCAUGUCCACAAUUUCAUGAUGGACACUCAACUCACCAAACGGAUCAAGAAUGCUGCAGCCAAUGUCCUCCGGGAAACGUGGCUAAUCUAUAAACACACAAAGCUGCUAAAGAAGAUUGACCAUGCCAAAGUCAGAAAACACCAGAGGAAGUUCCUCCAGGCUAUCCACCAACUGAGGAGCGUCAAGAUGGAACAGAGGAAGCUGAGUGACCAAGCUAACACGCUGGUGGACCUUUCCAAGAUGCAGAACGUCAUGUAUGACUUAAUCACAGAACUCAAUGAUCGGAGUGAAGACCUGGAGAAGCAGAUUGGCAGCCUGGAGUCUAAGCUGGAGCACCUCACAGCCAGCUUCAAUUCCCUGCCCCUGCUCAUCGCAGACACCCUGCGCCAGCAGCAGCAGCAGCUGCUGACUGCCAUGAUGGAGGCCCGGGGCAUCAGCGUGGCCGUGGGCACCACCCACGCCCCACUCUCCGACAGCCCAAUUGGGGUCAGCUCCACCUCCUUCCCGACCCCAUACACAAGUUCAAGCAGUUGCUAAAUAAAACUCCCCACUCCAGAAGCGUUACCCAUAGAUCUUAAGAUGCAAAUCAACUCUUUCCUGGUCACUUUGUCAUCAAGGAACUUUCAAACCAGGAAACAGAAAGAAGAGAGACAGAGCUAAUUAGCUAACUCAAGUUCAUUCAGUGUGCUUGGUUCGACAUGCCUUGAAACCAGAAAUCUAAUCUCUGUUUAGGUGCCUCUACUUGGGAGCGGGAAGAGGAGAUGACAGGAAGCAACGCCUCGGGCAGGGCCCUUGCUGCACAGUUGGUGGAGAACAGAAAUCCACGCUCAAUCUCAGGUCUUCACAGGGGUGGGGAGGGGCAGCGGCACACAAGUGCCCAAGAGCGAAGCCAGCCCAGAAGAGGGUCCC